AGCUCGAAUUUCGAAAUGGAGGAAACAGCUGUGUCUUACUAGUGCACACAGCUAGAUCAUCGUCAGAGGAUAUUAUUAAAGAGGGUCCCCUCCACUCCCCACCCACACAUGAAUCAUAACAUCUUCGACUAUAAAACAUGGAGCUCAACCUCAUCAACUAUAAUAGUACUAAUGGCGAUGGCUAUUCGUGUAGUGCUAUUUUUUGUUUUGUUUAUCGCCACUGUUAACGCCCAGGAUUCUAUUAUUGAUCUCAAGGAAGUUGAAGAAGACAAACCACAAUAUGUUGACCUCAGCCAGGCAUUUCGUGUUUUCACCAGAGGAGCCAAUAGGAGACUAAUUCAAGAUAUAGUUUUAAAGGUUGCAAAAUACUUUAACAAUGGGGAUUUGGUUAUAGCUCCUGCACCAGCUCCACAUCCAGUUCAAUUGGACUGUGGUGGGUUGUGCAAAUACAGAUGCAGUUUACACUCGAGGCCCAAUGUGUGUUUUAGGGCAUGUGGAACAUGUUGUGUAAGGUGCAAAUGUGUGCCACCAGGUACCUUUGGCAACAGAGAAAAAUGUGGCAAAUGUUACACUGAAAUGACAACCCAUGGCAACAAGACCAAGUGCCCUUAACUAUAACUACUUGUUUUUCAUGAUAUCUUAAGAGUGUGCGGUGUGUGAACCUUGGUUUAUUUAAUUUAAUCAUAUCUUAUGAGGUAGUACUAGCAAAUCAUGUCUGCAGUAUGUUGCUGCUAAGCCAUGUGCCAGUUGCUGUAGUUUGAAAAGUACUUGUAUGAUGUUAUGUAUUAUGUUUUACAAGCAUUAUGUUGGGAGGUUUAUCUCGA